CGAGCGCCUCCUCGCGCCGCUGCUCGCGCCUGGUUGCAGACUGCAGGCGCUCCUCUUUGUGUGGCUCCCUGUUUGCGAGCGAACUCAGAAAGCCUGAAAGACCGUCAUGGCAGCGAAGCCCAAGCUCCACUAUCCCAACGGAAGGGGCCGGAUGGAAUCUGUAAGAUGGGUUUUAGCUGCCGCUGGAGUCGAGUUUGAUGAAGAAUUUUUAGAAACAAAAGAACAGUUGCUGAAGUUGCAGAAUGGUAACCACCUGCUGUUCCAACAAGUCCCAAUGGUUGAAAUUGAUGGGAUGAAGUUGGUGCAGACGCGAAGCAUCCUCCACUACAUAGCGGAGAAGCACCAUCUCUUUGGCAAGGACCUCAAGGAGAAAACCCUGAUUGACAUGUAUGUGGAGGGGACUCUGGAUCUGCUGGAAUUGAUUAUCAUGCAUCCUUUCUUAAAACCAGACGAUCAACAAAAGGAAGUGGUCAGCAUGACCCAGAAGGCCGUUAUUAGGUACUUUCCUGUGUUUGAAAAGAUUUUAAAGGAUCAUGGACAAACAUUUCUUGUUGGUAACCAGCUGAGCCUUGCAGAUGUGAUUCUUCUUCAAACCAUUUUGGCUCUAGAAGAGAAAAUUCCUAAUAUCCUCUCUGCAUUUCCUCACCUCCAGGAGUUCACAGUGAAAAUAAGUAACAUCCCUACCAUUAAGAAAUUCUUGGAACCUGGCAGCAAAAAGAAGCCUCCCCCUGACGACAUCUACGUGAGAACUGUCUAUACCAUCUUUGCACCGUAAAACAACACGCAUCAGUGAGCGAGAGCUUCCCUCGAGAUUGCUGUGUCCUCAGUAGCAUCUUAAUUGUGGCCAGGCUGUAGUGAUCCCAGCUCAGUUGUGGUGCUAUGUAUAGUUGCUCUCUAAAUAGGGUCUUUCAUGUCAAGGAGAUCUCUUCUAGAAACACAGACAUAUUUUUGUCCAGGGAAUAAUUGUUACGGGGCCCUUUUCCGAAAAUCUUUUUGGGGAGGCUGCUGUUUAAGUGAGAUCUGAUCUCGUUACUUUCUUCCUGUAGUUGGGCGGGCAGGACCUUGUGUUCCCCCCAGCUCCUUUUCUCCUUCUCCUAUCCCAUUCCAAACACCCUCCGGUCUCUUCUUCAUUUUUAGUGUCUAAUGACAACAGAAUGUCCAGUGAAUGACUCUCCUCUGAGCUAUGACAAAUUAAAUGGUAGUAAUGAAUGCAGUUGACAUUAGCCAAAAUAAAGAACUGAUGAGUCAUUACCCUGUUGCUAGAAUUUUCUUUGAGUGUAUAAUACCUUCACUUGCUUCAAAAUUCAGAAAUGCGUAAAGUGAUAUACAGUUGGAAGUUGUCCCCAGCCAUCCAGUUCUGCUUCCUACAGGCAAACAUAGUUAAUUUGUAUCAUUUUCCAGCUGUAUGACACAUGUAUGAGCAAAUGCAAAUACAUAUUAUAUUUAUCCACCUAUUAUCCAAA